UAUCGCUCGCCGAGGAGGCACCUCUCCGCGCCGACCGCCGAGCGGCAUUGUGGCGUCGAGCCGCCGCGAGGAAGGGUCGUUUCGACAGCGCGCUAGUGACAGGUCGCCGUCGCCGCCGUUUCCGUCGUGCUCGCUGCCGUCUGCACGUUUCGGUCACUUUGCCGUUUGUGUUUGGAUCCGAGUUUCGCCAGCGUUCGCGUGUCGUGAUCCGUGCCGUUGGGUCGUCCGUUUCCCUCUGCCGUCCCGCGCCUGCAGUGAGAACCAUGCGCGGGUUGCUGACGGCUCUGCUGCUAGCGGCCGGCGUCGGGAUCAGCUCGGCGUUGUCAUGUGCGCCGUGUGAGAAGGCCUCGUGCUCACCACCCGACUGUCCCGGUCGCAUCGUGCGCGACGUCUGCGGGUGCUGUGACGUGUGCGCGCGCGGCCUGGGCGAGCCCUGCGGAGGACAUUUCGACGCGUACGGACUGUGUGAUGAUGGCCUCGUCUGCCAGACGUCGCCCGAGCAUGGUCAGCCGGUGGUGACCGCCGCCAAGGGCGUCUGCAUCGAAAACGUCACUGUCUGCGAGCUCGAGCUCUGCCAGCUGAUCUUCGGCACCACCUGCGUGUGCGCCGAACCGGAGGGCUGCAAGCUACCGGACGUGUCGGCUGACCCGACCUCCUUCACCAGUCGCGAGGAGUGCGACCAGGCGGCCAAGGGCAGCCUGCUGCCGCCGCUGGCGACACCCACCGAACCAGCCGCCUCCGAGCCCAGCUGCCCGGGUGUGCACUGCGACCCGGGGGUGAGCUCCUGCCCGUCCGACUCUGUGCUGAAGACGGUAUCCUCGGAGCAGGCCGAGUGCUGUCCGCCGGCCGGCAUCUGCCUCUGCGACCUGGAGUCGUGCCCCCGGCCUCCGACCUGCCCCGAGGGCCACGAGCUCUCGCAGCUCACCAAGGGUCGCCACAAGCCCGGCUUCUGCUGCAACACCUGGGAAUGCAAGGCCACAGUUUCUCAGGCGAACCUGAGCUGCACCCACGAGGGCCGUGAGUACGGUGCCGGCGAGCGGUGGCAAUCGAACCUCUGCACGAGCUGCCAGUGCAAGAACGGCCUGACGUUCUGUCAGUCGGCCGAGUGUCCGCCGGUGGCGCACUGCGCCAAAACUACCCACGAUCCGGACCAGUGCUGUCCACGCUGUGUCGACGGCUGCCUCUCCCCCUCCGGUGAGCACCACAACGUGAGCGAACAAUGGCUCGAGGACGACUGUACCACGUGCUCGUGCGAGGCGGCCGGUCAGCCGCGCUGUGUCUCCGAAAUGUGCCACAUCAGCUGCCGUAACCCGCGCCGAGUGCCCGGACGCUGCUGUGCCGUCUGCGAUGAGUGUGACGUCAUGUGUCAGCACGGCUACCGGACGUCUCGCGACGGCACGCCCCUCUGCGAGUGUCUCACGGCUGACGAGGUGGAACAUAGUGUCCAGGGGUGCCGCAGUAUGGCCACCUGUAAGAAGGCCUGCCCACACGGCUUCAAAGUUGAUGAGGACGGUUGUGAGAGGUGCAAGUGCAAAAAGUGCCGUAAGCUGAAGGACUGCAACAAGACGUGUCCGUUCGGGUUUGAGACCAACGACCGGGCGUGCCCGAUCUGCAAGUGCCGCUCGGAGCCGACUGUUGACGAGGACGUGACCUCUGACCCCGGGUCGGCCGGUGACCUGCACUGCGUGACCCAGGACGGCCGCGAGUACGAGGAGGGUGAGCAGUGGCACGACGGCUGCCGUCAGUGCUACUGCCACGGCGGGGUGGAGAUGUGCGCAGUUAUCUCGUGUCCCGUGCCGCGCUGUGAGAGACCAGAGAUCGCCGAGGGACAGUGCUGCCCCACGUGCCCAGACGGCGUGGAGCACCCGGCCCUGCUGAACGUCACCGUCUGCCAGUCAGUGGACGGCCGCACGUACGUGGAGGGCCAGACGUGGCAGCUCGACUCGUGCACACGCUGUCUGUGCCACGUGGGCCGCGUGCUGUGCAGCGCUCCGUCCUGCCCGCCGGCCCCGUGCGCCGAGCCCGUCCGGACGCCUGGCGGCUGCUGCGGAACCUGCAGUGUCGAGACCGACCACCAGGUGGCAGGCGCGUCGUGUCUGGACGCGGCCGGCGCCGAGCGUAGUGCUGGGGAGAGCUGGCGGCAGGGCUCGUGUGUGAGCUGUGUCUGCAGGGACGGAGAGGUGGCCUGCUUCCACGAGAAGUGUCCGCCCCUGGACUGUGUCCGGCCCGUGCUGAAAAAGGACCACUGCUGCCCGGUCUGCCUCGAACCUCCUCCAUCGUCUCACUGCAUCUACAAGAACCGCACCAUCUCUGACGGCGACGCCUGGGACGUGGAUCCGUGCACCAGCUGUGUGUGCCAGCACGGACAGACCAUCUGCACGCGCAAAACGUGCUCCGUUCAGUGCGACGAUCCGGUGGAGGAGGCCGGGCAGUGCUGCCCCGUCUGUAAAGAGGAGAGCGGCACAAAGCGUAACUACCACCUGAUGAGUGGAGUGAGCAAGGCCACGCACCGGACUGUGGUGCGGGGUCCCGAGGGCGGGUCACAGACGGCUCACCAUGGAGUCGAGCGGCAGCCAGGCGGCCAGCAGGCGACGCCCAGCUACAUUGCUCUCUGGGCCGUCAUCGGCCUCCUGGCCCUGCUCCUGCUGGCACUACUCGUGGUCUACUGCGCGCGGCGCCACCGCAACGGCUACUCGCCCAAAGAGAUGACCGAAGAGAAGAAACCCCUCAACGACUUGCAGGUGAUGAGAAGCUUUUCCAACGGGCGUGACAUCCACCAGGACGUACUGGAGAAGACUGGCGUGAAGGCUGUGUAGUACGCCCCCUCCCUCCCCCUCUCCCUACCAACCGGUGGACCGGCCGGCCGGCCGAGCAAAUCCGAACUGUGGUGAGACAGCGCUGUCACAAACGCUAGUGGCAUUUUGCGCGAGUUUUGUGUUUUUGUGGUAUUCGAACCGUGCGGCUGGCUAGGGCUUCUUACUAGGUCUCGAUUUCCAUGUGAGUUUAUCCGUAGCGCAACGGUGUGUUGGCGUUUUAUGACGUGGCAAUCGCCGAAGCGCGAAUGAAUCGCUCUCUGAGGGCUGCAGGACGGCGGGCCGAGGCCAGGCCGGGGAGAGGACCGAGCGAGUCGAGAGUGGAGGCGCCCCGCCGCACGAGCGCCAGAGCUGGCAGCUCCCAUCAUUUCACCUGUAUAUAGCCGACGUUCCCCAUCAUUUCACCAGUACAACGCGAAGUGGUCGCGUUCGCCGUCGCGUCUCGUCCCGAAAUCGCGUUUUCGCUUGCCUGGCGGGAAGCCAGCGAACUGUUGGUUAGCGUGAUGGCCGCCAGGCGGCAGCAGUGUGCACGUGGCCGGCGCCCUGAGCUCGCGGCGCCCGGUGAAUGGGAAAUGAUUGUUCAGUGACGCGCCGUGCUGCGACGCGCCAUCGGACAAUUGACUGUGAUAUGUGUGCGCGGUUCUCGGUAUGGCGGAAACGGAAGGAAAGGUCGCUGGCGUGCCGUGGAGGAAGCGGACACGGCCCCCGCCGCCUCAGUGUGCUCUGAUAGCUCUCAGACUUGCGUGGAGUCGGUAGCGAGUUUUGUAUUGAGAGGAGUUGAUCCGAUUCGUGCUACCAGGUGUUCACCGAUGGUUUUCAGAAGCGACUGUACCGCAGUGUUCGGUCGUCGCGGUUUCGUUCAGUUGCUUGUGUGUAUGCAGUGCCAAUGCUGCCCGCUUCCGACCAGCGAGUGUGUGCGUUCAGUUUAUCUGCCGAGCAAAUGUCACUACUAGUGUUAGCUGUAUCGAGACACAUAUUACCAGCUGUCUUAUGCUACCAUGUAUUUAUGAUUAUAGACAAUAUCUUGACAAUAUCUCGCUGCGUUUGAUAUGGAAGGAUUCAAAUUUCAAGGUACCGUUGUUGGA